AUCAAUUGCAUACUCUCAAAAUGGCGACUUCCGUAGACUCCGACCAAGUGAAAGAGGAAGUUAAAAGUGAAGAUGAAGAGUCAGAGACUGAUUCUGAUGAUUCUGAAGAGGAUGCUGAGCCAAGGCUAAGAUAUGAUAGAGUUACAAAUGACCUUGGUCAAAUACUGCAAAAAGAUUGUGCCAGCUGUAUGGCAGUACACUCUAAAUUUCUUGCAUUAGGGACACACUGGGGUACUAUACACAUUCUUGAUUACCUUGGCAACAAUAUACAGGGAAAGGAAUAUCAAGCACAUACAACAACAGUUAAUCAGAUAAGUGUUGAUGACAAUGGGGACUACAUUGCUAGCUGUUCUGAUGAUGGAAAGGUCAACAUCAUAGGACUGUACUCAGCUGAUGAUAACCAAGUGGUCAAUUUUGACCGUCCCGUCAAAUCUGUGGCUAUCGAUCCUUUCUUCUAUAAGUCAAGUAGUAAACAAUUUGUGACUGGUGAUGACAAGCUCAUUCUGAACGAGAGAGGGUUUUUGCGGAGUCACAAGACGCGCGUUCUACAUCAAGGGGAAGGUGCCAUCAGACAGAUCAAGUGGAAAGGAGAACUUGUAGCGUGGGCUAAUGAUUUUGGUGUGAAGGUGUAUGAUUUGAACUCAAAAGUGAGAAUAACAUCCAUAGCCAAAGAUCACAACCAUAGGCCUGAUCUAUACCAGUGUAAUCUCUAUUGGCAAGAUGAAAGAAGACUUCUGAUUGGUUGGGCUGAUACUGUCAAAGUAUGUUUGGUGAAGGAUAGAGUUACACAUGAUGUAAGAGAUUUACCUCCUAGAUAUGUAGAAAUCGUGGCCAUGUUUAACACUCGGGAUUUUAUGAUAUGUGGAAUUGCCUCCCUUGAAUAUCAUGUGGUUCUCCUUACUUAUGAUAAACCGCCACCAGCACAACAACAGGAGGGAAACAAGAGUCUGUCAAAUCGUCCAAAUCUACGGAUAGUGGAUGCUUUUAUGGAAUACUUUGAAGAGGUGUCAAAUGAUGCCCUGUCAAUCAGAGGUUAUCAACAUUACAGGUGUAACGAUUAUCAUCUAGGAAAUAUGUGUAUGAAUGAGAAUGUAAAGGAGGACAAUUUAUUCUAUAUUAUAAGUCCGAAGGAUGUUGUUGUUGCUAGACCUAGAGAUAUGGACGAUCAUAUCACAUGGCUCAUUAGACAUGAAGAUUUUGAGGAAGCUAUGAAUGCUGCAACUUUAAAUAGUAAAGAAUUAAAGAGACAUACAUUCCAGGACAUAGGGAGACAGUUCUUGAAUUACCUUAUAGAACAGAAUAGGUUUGAAGAUGCUGCCAAACUUUGUGUGAAGAUAUUUGGUAGGAACAAAGAACUGUGGGAAGCAGAGGCAUACAAGUUUGCUAAAAUGGGCCAGCUUAAGUGUUUAGCCCCAUUCUUACCUCAAGAAGAUCCGAUGCUGAGUCCUGCAAUAUAUGAGAUGGUUCUGAAUGAUUUUCUACAAACUAACUGUAAGGUGUUUCUGCAGUUGGUAAAAGAGUGGCCGCAUACACUGUACAACAUCCAGGCUGUUAUCAAAGUGGUGAUAGAUAAAUUAGAUAGGGAUAGAAACAACAGAGAUCUCUUACACGCUCUAGCUGAAUUGCAUGGAUAUGAGAGAGCAUUUGAUAAAGCAUUGGCCAUAUAUUUGAAAUUGAAAGACAGGGAUGUUUUUGUGUUGAUUCAUAAACAUAACUUGUUUGAGUCUGUCAGUGAUAAAAUUGUCCAGUUGAUGGAAUUUGACCAGGAAGCUGCUGUUACUAUGCUCUUAAACAACUUAGAUAAAAUACCUGUUGAGAAAGUCGUACCACAGCUAGAGAAGAAACCAAAAUAUUUGUAUAUAUACCUUGACAAGCUAGCGAUGAAAGACCAGCAGUUGAUUAAGUCAUACGCUACACAGAUGGUAAAGUUAUAUGCAGAAUUUGAUCGUCCAAAACUUCUCCCUUUCCUGCGUGGCAGUGUGCAAUAUAACCUAGAUUCUGCCUUGAAGGAAGUUAAAGUGCGAGAAUUUAAACCUGAGCUUGUUUUCUUGUUAGGUCGUACAGGAGACAUGAAAACAGCAUUAAAGAUUAUUGUGGAUGAACUUCAUGAUGUGGAUCAGGCAAUAGAGUUUUGUAAGGAGCAUAACGACACAGAAUUAUGGGAGGAUCUGAUACAAUAUUCAUUGGACAAACCAAAUUUUAUCACCGGUUUGUUGAACAAUAUUGGGACCCAUGUUGACCCAAUUAUUCUUAUACGAAGAAUACAGACUGGAAUGGAGAUCCCAGAACUUAGAGAUUCCCUUGUGAAGAUUUUACAAGAUUAUAAUCUUCAGAUUUCUCUUAGAGAGGGGUGUAAGAAAAUACUGGUCGCUGAUAGCUUUGGUUUGAUGAAUAGACUGGUUAAAACACAAAAGAAAGCAAUAUCUGUAGACACUAGCCAUGUCUGUACAGUUUGUCAUGAAAAGAUUCUAGUCACAGAAACCCGUCAUGCCAGUGAUGUCCUAGUGUUCUUCUGCAGUCAUGCUGCCCAUGAGCUUUGCCUUAACACUGCAAUGGAAACUUGUCCAAUAUGUACAACACAAAGGAGAGGACCUGGUAGAAGUGCUAUGAUUAGAAAAUAAACCUAUGCCAUACUUAAAUAAUAUGAACAUUCACAAUACCAUACCCAUUAAUGUAUGUGGAAAAAAUCUGAAAAAAAAAACUAUUUAAGGACAUUUACCACACCAUAGGCGAUAAAGUCUUUAGAAGAAGACUGUAAAAAGCCUUUCCAUUACUUUAAAAUGAUAUGUCUGUUUACAUAUAUUAGGUGAUAACGUCUGUGGAAGUAGCCUGAAAAAAAUAUUCCUUUGCCAUACUAUUAAAUGGACAUUGACCAUUACAUAUGACAUUAGCCUAUUAAACCAUGAUGCUGAUAAAUCAAUGUUAUUAUAAACAUUUCUUUCUUGAAUAUUUUGUUUAGAAUUUUCUUUAUAUUAUUUCACUAUACUCUUAUUACACUUUUAUUUAUCUCUGCUAUGUUCAUGUAUUUUAUAUUAAUAAUAAAUCUGUUGAAAACUUUUAAA